AUGAAAACACCUCAGGUGCUUCCGAAUUUGUGGAUUGUCGAACUGGAAAUGCCCGAAUUUAUACAGAAUGAAGCGGACGGUGACGAUGUAGUGAUCACAAAACAAGAGUGGAUAAAGCAAAUAUUCGAUGUCGACGGAAACAAACACAAAAAAAUGACAGCAUCCGAUGUGAAUACAUUGAAACAACGCUACGAUUACAUUAAUCGUAUGUUAACAAAAAAAGACGCAAUCAGCAUUUCAUUUAUACCCGAUUCGUUGAAAAAAGAUCGUCAGGAUCUCGACAUUUGGAAAUUACUGAAUGACUCACGAGCACAAGAAUAUCAACAAUCAGUAUUACACACAGAAAACAACUGUUAUCAACAGGUAAGAAACGGUGGUAAAGUUCUGCCGAGUGCUGCGCAUGGUCAUUCUAUUCGUCCAGAAGAAUUUGCAAAAUUAAUUAUGGAACUGGUUGAUCUUAUUAAUAGUAGUCAUAUGCCAAAUACAGAUUCGAUACUUGAACGUUAUUUACGUACGAGAUUUAUGCAAGAAGUUGUUGCCGAACAAAUACAAUUAUUCAAAAAUGAACUUUAUCUAUAUGUUUUGAAUGUAAUUUGUCCAGUAAUUUAUGAUCUGAAACGACUGGAAACCGAACAGGAACGAAUGCAGCUCAACGAUGAACUAAAUCGUGAAAGGAAACGUUUAACAAAAUUCUAUAUAAACACAAUGAUUCAAUUAGCAAAAUCGAAAAUAUUCUUCUGUACUACUGAUGUUUCUACGGGAGCGGCAUCGGAUGACACAAGACAAUUACCAAAAUCUAUUCAAGAUGAAUUGGAUGCAACUGAAUGUUGUAUGCAUGAAUUUGUCGAUCCAGAAGAGCUACUGGAAGAACGUAGACAUAUUUUGAAAUUGGUUGAAGCUCGUCGAUUAGAAGAAGAAGCUCAGCCAAUGCAGAAAAUUGCCGAAGCCGAAAAGAAACGACAAAAAGAGCUGGCCGAUCGAGAACGAGAGCGUGUUAAAUGA